AUGUCGUCGCGGGCGCACAAGCAGAGCAUGAGCGAGCUCAAGCUCCGCAGGCUCACAGAACACAACCAGCGCCUCCGCGACGACCUCGCUCGUCCACGCAUCCGCGUUUCAGAGGCCAGCGCCAGUCUCAUCCGUUACUGCAAGACAACCAAGGACCAUCUCGUCCCGAGUGUGUGGGGACCAGUUGGCAAGGGCGAAGACCCGUACGCUCCCCAGGCGAGUCAGCAGGGAUGCGCCUGCCUCGUCAUGUAA